CCCACGCGGUUCUGUUGUCGGGCAUGGAGGCGGCUGAAUCCGCUGGGGUUGCGGGUUCUUCCCCGGGGCUGGCGGUCUGCGGGGACCUGAUGGUGGUCACCGGUGGAGCCAAGCUCUUGGCGGCCCUUUACAAAGAGCCUGGGAAUGAUGAUAUUUUCAUUUAUGACUGUUCCACAGCAAGAGAGAAGCUUCAACAGAAUCAAGGAGAUGACGGAAAGUCAGCGGGUGAAGCAAGUAACAAUAUCCUUGCCUGCACAUUUUCUUCAUCGGGAACCUACUUUGCUCUGACCGAUGACAACAAACGACUGAUCCUUUUUCGUACGAAACCGUCUUGGGAAUGUCUGAGUGUAAGGUCUGUCAUUAGAAGAUGUACUUCCCUGAUUAUAACAGCGGCAGAAGAUAAGAUACUGGUUGCUGACAAAUCAGGUGAUGUCUAUUCGUACUCAACAACAGAACCUGAAAAUGCAGGAACAAUUGAACUUGGUCACUUGUCUCUUCUGUUGGAUGUGGCGCUGAGUCCCGAUGACCAGUAUAUCCUAACCGCUGACCGUGAUGAGAAGAUACGAGUUAGUUUGACUAGAGCACCACAUAACAUUGUGUCCUUCUGCCUGGGACACAGAGAAUUUGUCAGCAAAAUAUUUGUAAUACCAAACUAUCCAGAACUUCUCUUAUCAGCUUCUGGGGACUGUACAUUGAGGCUCUGGGAAUACAAAAGUGGGAAGGAAGUGCACUGCUGUCAUCUGAAUAGUUUGAGUACAUCUGAGGCUCCCCCAAAUGAGAAGAAAUAUGCAGUCUCCAGGACAGCCUAUUGUUGUGAAGGAAAUUACAUUGCCGUUUUAUAUGACUGUCUUCCCACAGUAUCCAUCUUCCAGUUUGACCCUGAGGCUCAAAAACUCAUUCACAAACAGAACAUCCCCUUGAUCUGCAAAGGCUGGGCCAUUGCAUUUGAGGAAAUGGGGGGCCUCUGGAUUCUGCAGGAGGACAUGCAAACACCUCUUCUGUUCUAUCAACCUGUGAAUGGACAGUGGCAGUCUUCUACUGAAGAGAGAGGGUUGAUUAAAAUGUCAAAGUGCAUCCGUGACAACUGGGCAGCGUUUGAAGACUCCGUUGGCAAAGAAAGUUGCUACCAAAAUCUCUACAAGGCUUCUUUUGAUAACAUGGCUGUUUACCUCCAAAAGAAAGAAGAGAGACUUCAGCAGUGGAAGAGUAAGAGAAAGGACCCGCAGCAUGAAUCAAAUGGGCAGACAAAAAAGCUCAAAACAUGAGCAGCAUCCUUGCUCAGUGCAAAAUUUGGUUGUGACUUGCAGAGCAUUGGAAGAAGCUGGUUUGAGAACUACUGAAUCACAUGGUACACUGAAUGAAGAACAAGCUGACUUGAUAUUUUCCACAAAGUGCAAAUAUUAACACGACUAGCCUUAUUAUGGUGACACUUCCUUAUCUUGUCAGUGAUAAAUAGGUCCUCUGCAAACUC